GAAAAAUAAGCCUGGGGCUACGUUCAUGAUCUCCAAGACAGGCACAGUAUAGUAGAAAUGGAAAAGAGGCUCACCCGUCAGUAUGUUGAGGAUCGUGGGACAGUCAUUGAAAUGCUGCCUUUCACAUGGAAUAUAAAAACAGAAGGACCACACUUCAAUAUUGAUAUGAAGAUGUCUCGUCUCAAAAGAAUAAGGUUCGAUUUUGCCUUCGGCUCGGAACCAAGAGAGCAGUGGCCAGUCACAGGAAACCCUGAAAGAAUUCUUAAAUUCGAUGUCUCCCUGAAUGAAUUGGAUGAUUUGCAGAGUGAAGCUCUGUUUCCUUUUAUGAAUCUUUGUGAACUGAAUGCAUCUCUUAAUGCCUUAAAAAGCAUUCCUGGAGUGAAUGUGCUACCUCACUUGGUAGUGCUAAACCUCAGUUAUAAUAUCCUUACCAAUGUGAGGGGCCUACAGUACUGCAAGAAGCUAGCAACUCUAAAUGUCUCACACAAUCAGAUACGAACUCUUACAGCCAUGCCUGUGCUCAGUAAUCUGAUGGAGGUGCACAUCAAUUCUAACAAGUUGGACUCCUUAGAAGGCAUUCAGAACCUUCUUCAACUACAGGAACUAUACGUUCAGAAUAACCAGAUCAGAAGUCUCCUUCCUCUCUCCAGUUCCCUCAACCUGUGCUUGCUAGAUGUCUCCAAAAAUGCAAUUUGCUUGCUUUCUGAGACCACACAAAUUCUGAGUGGCCUGUUCAGGCUCAAGCAAUUGAAAAUGAAGGGUAAUCCGAUAGCAAAGGACAACCACUAUACGUCCAUGAUAAAAGAAAGGACUUCUGUGCAGAUCUUAGACAACAUAUAUCUUCGGAAGGCUCAGCAGCACAGGCCAUGGACGGUACUGCAGCAUACUACAGAAGGACAGACUAAGGAAGAGCUUGUAGAGGCUGCAAGGGCUGCCUGUUGUGACAAACUGCAGAGGAUGAGGCAGGAGGUAGAAAGCACCAUUCAUUAUCUGCAUAGCAGGGCCCUUAAUCUUCAUGAAGAGCUAAAGGAGUAUGAAGAAAGUCUGAGACUGGAAAUAGAUAGAUAUUGCAGGUAUUUAGAUACAAUACCCCCUGAGGAUUUUUCCUCUAUCGAUCCCAGAAAGAUUCCUGAAGCCAUUGAACAACAUUCUUUUACUAAAUUCUGGGAAAGAUGGAACUAUGGCAAAAGAAGACCAGAAAAAAUCCCAUUCAGUGAUUUAACCAAGCCUGAAGAGGUGUUGCAAAUGGCUGCAUUAGUGCUGGAAAAGUCUUCAGUUUCGACUUCGGACUGCAAAAACUGACGGCAGCUCAAACCAGCAGGGAAACACAUGUGACCGUGUCCGUGUGAUGGGCUGUAAAGCAGACGCUCAUGCUUUGCUUAACACAUUCCAGAUUUGUGCUUGUAUGUGAUGCUUUAAUAAGGGAGUAUAUGGAUAUCCUAUAGUAAGCCAUUUACAAAAUCCCAGAAAGAAAUCAAAAUUAUUCAGUAUUCUUCAUUUAAAUGAAGCCGAUUACAUUAGUAACCAUUAGUUUAUCUAUUACUCACACAUACCCUUUUUCCAGAUAUGCCUUUCCAAAAUUGAUUGGUCUUUUUGUGAUAUAGGAAGUCCUCAAACUAUAGUGAUUGCUGUAAAAAUGUUUUCUUUGCAAGAGGGUUUGGUUCCUCAAUGUCUGUGUUCCUCUGGGACUCUGAUAAAAGAUUUGAAUUGUGGUUAAGAAUGGGAUUAAGCAAAUGAGGAUAAGAACAAACUCAAACUCAGACGUUAUAUUCAAAUUAAGAAUUAGAUUUGCUCUGUAGCACAAUUAACACUCAUGUAUGAAUCUUUUGUUUGAAAUGUGUGAUAAAUUUGCAGUACUAUACUGUAUGUACAG